UUCAAUAACGCAGUGUAACUGAAUAAAACGGCUUCGCGAAGAAUGUACUGAAUACGGUAUUCGUUACACCGUAGUACUGUACUGAAUAAGACUGAAUAGGUUGCUUAAAAACGUUUUGCUUUUGAAUGCGCACUUGUAGUGACGUCACACCUACACAUGUCACGUCUCGCGAGUCUUGCCGGACACUUUUUUUUUUUUUUUUUUCUGUCUGCUGCGUACACGCGCGACAACACUCUCAAACCGGCAAGGUGACAGCAAUCCUAUCUUGUUGCAUUCAGGCCGGCUGACCGACGUGAGUUGAAGUGAAGUGAACGGACGCUAACAUGUCCAAAGACAAGAACGACACAAUUAUGGAGGCGGAGAACAAGGUGCUGUGGUACCCACACUCCAAGAGGGACACCCGGAUGGACCAGUUCCGGCGGCAGGUGAACUACGAGCAGGGACUCAACAUGGCCAACUACCAGGACUUGUACCAGUGGUCAGUGGACCACUACGCUGAGUUCUGGUCUUGUGUGUGGAGCUUCUGUGGUGUGAUCAGCUCCAAACCUUAUCACGAGGUCGUGGAUGUGUCGAAGCGAAUUUCAGACGUUCCGGAGUGGUUUUCAGGUGCUCGCCUAAACUACGCGGAGAACCUCCUCAAACACACUGAGCAGGACAAAGUUGCUCUUUAUGCUGCAACUGAGGCUAACGAGGAAAUCAUUAAAGUCACCUUCUGGGAGCUGAGGCGUGAUGUGGCAUUGUUUGCUGCUGCUAUGAGGAAGAUGGGUGUCCAGAUAGGAGACAGAGUCGUGGGUUACUUGCCAAACAGCAUCCAUGCUGUGGAAGCUAUGUUAGCAGCUGCCAGCAUUGGAGCCAUUUGGAGCUCCACGUCGGUUGACUUUGGAGUCAAUGGCGUUCUGGACAGGUUCUCUCAGAUCCAGCCGAAGCUACUGCUUUCUGUCGCUGCUGUGGUUUACAACGGAAAGACUCAUGAUCACAUGGAGAAGCUCACCUGCGUUGUCAAAGGCCUUCCUGACCUGCAGAAGGUGGUGGUGAUUCCCUACGCUCGUGACAAACAAUACAUCGACCUCUCCAAGAUCCCCAGCAGUGUGUUUAUCGACGACUUUCUGGCAUCUGGUCGUGGUGAUGGUGAUCAGCUCCCCCAGCUGGAGUUUGAGCAGCUACCGUUCAGUCACCCGCUUUUCAUCAUGUACUCGUCGGGAACCACAGGAGCUCCAAAGUGUAUGGUCCACUCGGCUGGGGGCACAUUAAUCCAGCACCUUAAAGAACACCUUCUCCACGGCAACAUGAGCAGCAGUGAUGUCAUCAUUUACUACACCACAACUGGUUGGAUGAUGUGGAACUGGCUAGUGUCGUCUCUGGCUGUGGGUGCUUCAGUGGUCCUGUAUGAUGGGUCGCCCCUCAUGCCCACACCUGAUGUCCUCUGGAAUUUGACAGAGACUCUGGGCAUCAGCAUCUUCGGCACUGGAGCCAAGUGGCUGUCUGUGCUGCAGGAGAGGAACCUUAAACCUGCCGAAACCCACAACCUGCAGUCUCUGCACACCAUCUUGUCCACGGGGUCCCCCCUCAAGCCUCAAAGCUACGACUAUGUGUACCGCUGCAUCAAGAGUAACGUGCUGCUGGGCUCCAUCUCGGGUGGCACUGACAUCGUGUCAUGUUUCAUGGGUCAGAACCCAACAGUUCCAGUGUAUCGGGGAGAAAUCCAGACAAGAAACCUGGGCAUGGCUGUGGAAGCGUGGAAUUUUGAAGGUAAGCCUGUUUGGGGAGAAAGUGGCGAGUUGGUGUGUUUAAAACCAAUUCCGUGCCAGCCCACGCAUUUCUGGAAUGACGACAACAGCAUCAAGUACCACAAAGCCUACUUCUCCACCUUCCCAGGCGUGUGGGCCCACGGUGACUACUGUAAAAUCAAUCCCAAGACGGGAGGGAUUGUCAUGCUGGGCAGGAGUGAUGGAACGUUGAACCCCAAUGGUGUUCGCUUUGGCAGUUCUGAGAUCUACAACAUUGUGGAGGCCUUCGAGGAAGUAUCGGACAGUUUGUGCGUGCCGCAGUACAAUGCUGAGGGCGAGGAGAGGGUACUCCUGUUCCUCAAGAUGGCACCCGGGAAGCCCUUCAGCACUGAGCUGGUGGCCAAAGUGAAGGCGGCCAUUCGGAAAGCGCUGUCCGCCCGUCACGUGCCCGCCCUCCUGCUCCAGAUUGCUGACAUUCCCUACACGCUGAGUGGUAAGAAGGUGGAGGUGGCGGUGAAGCAGGUUCUGGCGGGUCGGGAGGUUUCCCAGCGUGGGGCUUUCUCCAACCCCGAAUCUCUGGACCUCUACAAGAACAUUCCGGAACUUCAAAACUUUUGAACCACGAGGAAGAAAAUGUCGAAAAUGACGAUAGCAAAAGACAAUUCCGUGUGGCUGCUUGAUUAACGAGAGAGCAGUAAAAAAAAAAAAAUGGAUGCUAAAAAACAAAGGAGUUACUCUAAGCUUUUGGCAUUAACAUUAGCACUUUGCUUUGAUGUCAGCCACAAUUUUCCUCAUCUGGUGUGAAGUCCCAAAACCGCAGAAUGCCAAAUGUACGAUAAGGGUUCUACAAGGACGGUACAGUACUUAACCUAUGAACAUUAAUUCUAAUCGCACUUCAUAAAAAGACUAUGAACAAAGUUUUGGGGCUGUCUAAUCCUCUCCUGGGAAAUGUUGGAGAAAAUGUUUGAUAUUGGCAUUAGAUUGGAUUUAACAUUAAUACUUAUUGCCGUCCCAAGAGAUUAGAUGGACAAAAGUAUUAGGACGAUUUCCACUCUUCUGGGAAAAAAAAAACCUCUCAAUCACAAUGAGGAUGAAAACAGUUAAAAAAAAAAUAAAUGAUACACC